CUGGAAGCAGAGCGCUGUGGGAGGGAGGACGGACGAGCCACGCAUCCGCAUCACCGAAGAGGAGGGUGGCGCGGUGGCAUCGCCUGCAGGAAUCCAGUUGUAAAGUCUACUCACGAGGCAAAAAUGCGCUGAUGGUAAACCGUCUGGAGCCCAGUUGUUAACCAGAGAAUACCUUGAGGCACUGAGACAUCUGAAGAAGAAAAAACAAAGCUCCGGACAAGUUUUGAUUUCAGAGGAAAUCCGACUGGACAUGAAUACCAACGAUGCCAAGGAGUAUCUCGCACGGCGGGAGAUACCUCAACUAUUUGAGAGCCUGCUGACAGGCUUGAUGUAUUACCGGCCCGACGACCCCAUCGACUACUUGGAGUGCUGUCUGAAGAAAGCCAGGGAACUCGGAGGACCAGACAAGGUGCGGUGGGAUACCUUUGUGGGCCAGGAGAAGAAGUCUCUUCCUCCUCUCAACGGCAGCCAAUCACGCAGGUCCCUCUUCAGAAAUGUGAUGCCCGACAGUCCCAAUUUCCCCUACAGACGGUAUGACCGCCUCCCUCCCAUCAGCCAGUUUUCCAUCGAGAGCGACUCAGACCUGUCGGAGACGGCGGAGCUCAUAGACGAGUACGAGGUGUUUGAUCCAUCCAGACCGCGACCCAAAGUCAUCCUCGUCAUCGGUGGCCCCGGCAGCGGCAAGGGAACACAAAGCCUGAAGAUUGCCGAGCGCUAUGGCUUCCAGUACAUGUCCGUGGGCGAGCUGCUGAGGAAGAAGAUGAUCCACAACGCCACCAGCAAUAGAAAGUGGAGCCUGAUCGCUAAAAUCAUCACCAACGGAGAGCUGGCACCACAGGAGACAACAAUAACUGAGAUAAAGCAGAAGAUCAUGAAGAUCCCAGAUGCCAACGGUAUCGUCAUAGAUGGGUUCCCUCGAGACGUGGGACAGGCCUUGUCCUUUGAAGACCAGAUCUGCACUCCUGACCUGGUGGUGUUUCUGGCCUGCACCAACCACCGCUUGAAGGAGAGGCUGCAGAAACGAGCCGAGCAGCAGGGACGACCGGAUGACAACCCCAAAGCUAUCGACCGCCGCCUGACCAACUUCAAACAAAACACCAUUCCUCUGGUCAAAUACUUCCAGGAGAGGGGCCUUAUCGUCACAUUGGAUGCUGACCGAGACGAGGAGGAGGUCUUUUGUGACAUCAGCAUGACUUUGGACAACAAGCUGUUUCCCUCCAAAGAGCCGGCAGCCGGUCCCAGUGAGCUGGAUCUCAGUCUACUGGGUGAAACCAGCAGCCUGGCAGAUGUUGCUUGCAAGUACGAUGAGGUCGAAGAGGAGGAAGAUAUCGGGUAUGCUGAAGGAACCACAGACAGUUAUUGUACAGGACAGAAGAAACCAAAGGUCAUCUUCAUGAUGGGUGGUCCAGGCUCAGGGAAAUCUCUCCAGUGUGAGCGGAUGGAGGAGAGGUUCGGCCUGCGUCACGUCGCCCUGGGUGACCUGCUUUGUAACGAGCUGCAGUCUCACGGCGACAGAGGGCGUCACCUGCGGGACGUCCUGGAGAGAGGCGAGCAGCUGCCAGAGGACACACUGCUGGAGUUGCUGUGUGACACGGUGGCGGCGGCAGUACGGCAGGGGAAAGGUCUCGUGGUCAGCGGGUUCCUCAGAGACCUGAGACGGGUGGAGGAGUACGAGGCCAAGAUGGGGGAGCCCAGUGCAGUGCUCCUGCUGAGCUGCUCCGCUGACACCAUGUCCAGUCGCUUGCAGUGUCGCGUCAGAUCCACCUCCGGCCUCCACCCGGCCUCCGACAGAGACGGCGUCCUGCACAGGAGGGCCGAGAGCUUCCGCAGCGACAGCCAGGCGGUGGCAGCUCAUUAUGAACGCAGGAAGCUUCUGCACACGGUUGACGCCGAGAGGUCGCCGGACGAAGUGUUCGCCCAGAUCUGCCAGGCGAUGGAGACCUUCUGAUUUCUACAAUUCCCUCAACAUCACCCCCUCCCCCAAAAAACCCCAAACUCUGCAGUCCAGCAGGUCCACCUGUGAAGACCUUCUCUCCCUCCCUCCCUCUCUGGAUUCUCACCCACAUAACUUCACACCUGCACCAGACAUAAGCUCGUUGAACUGUGAUACGCAUGUCCCCCAAACACUCCCGGCAAUCAGUGAAACCUCUUUCUGCUUUUGAGUCUGACGAAGAGCCUGGUUGUCACAUUGUGCUUCACCCACUCGCAUCGUCUCUCUGUCUCACAUUGACCUCAAUAUAUGCUGCCAACUGCCGGACCGAGGCAUCUAACUGUACUGAGAAAACAGCAUUCCCUGCUGUGACUGAGAGCAUGUUUCUAGUUAAAUGUGAGCUCUCUCUGCCCCCCCGCGCACGCGCUACAAAGUGGAAUCGUCAGUGUGCUCAUGCUCUCAUGCACAGCAACAUGCUUUAUAUUGUAACAAGCAUGCAAGAAUUACAAUCAAGCUUAACUGCUUUUUGUGCGUUAAAAUAAAAAGCCGGAAAGAAUUAAAGGGUAUUAAAGAUUAUUGCAUUUGUAUGUCUCCAAGCUCAUCGUGCAGGUGCUUGUCUGAUUGUUAACAUUCAAUAAAGCCAGUGCAUUUGCUAAAUG